UGAUUCUAAAAACACAAGAAGCCAUGAAAAUGCAUGGAAAUCUGCGACUUCAUAAAUUUGCGUCCAAUAGCAAAGUUGUUAUGAAUGCGUUGGAACCCGGAGACUUAGCAAAGGGACUCGUGGAUAUGGACUUUGAGAAAGACUCACCUACUCAGCGUAGCCUAGGUCUGCUGUGGGAUUUAUGAUCCGAUACCUUUAAAUUCAGCAUCUCUAAUGAAACUAUCUCAGCAACGCGUAGAGGCAUACUCUCAGUUGGGAUUUAUCUCCCCAAUAACUGUGCAAGGCAAAAUCAUACUUCGAAAAAUAGUGUCUUCAAGAUUUGAUUGGGAUGAUCCAUUGCCUGAACAUUUGUUGACUGAAUGGAAUAAAUGGAGUCAAAACUUACCUGACUUAGAGGAUUUGCGCAUACCCCGUAUUAUCGUGCCAAAUCUUAGCAAUGCUGUAAACAAGGAACUAUUUAUUUACUGUGAUGCGUCAGAACUUGCCAUUGCAGCUGUGUGUUACCUUCAUGUUAGUUAUUCGGAUGGUUCUACUUCUACUGGAUUCGUGCUAGGUAAAGCCAAGGUUGCUCCAGCGAAAUGUACCACGAUUCCAAGACUAGAACUCUGUUCUGCAGUGCUAGGGGUUGAAAUUGCUCAGAUUGCAGUGGACCACUUGCAGAUCAAUAUUGAUAACAUCAAAUAUUUCAGUGAUAGUCGAGUAGUCUUAGGCUAUAUUAACAAUGAAAAGAGACGCUUUUUUGUUUACGUAGCCAACCGUGUUGCAAGGAUCAGAAGUUAUAGCGAACCUACUCAAUGGCUCUAUGUUCGUUCUGAAAAGAACCCUGCAGAUAUAGGAACUAGAGGUAUUCAUCCCGCAGACUUACAGAAUGGUCUCUGGCUACAUGGGCCAAGCAGAAUCGAAGCACCUAAUGUAUCUUUGGAUAAAGAUUCCGACUUCUCACUCAUUCAGCCAGAUGUUGAUGUGGAAAUCCGUUUGAACAAAGUUGAUAUUGAGAAUGUUAAACCGAAUGGUCUUGGCAACAGUGUAUUUGAGAAAUUCUCUGAUUGGAAUAGAUUGAAUUUUGCCUUAGCUACAGUUCGAAAAUUCAUUCGGCGUCAUUUAAAUUUGAAGCGAUCAGAUGGCUCAAAGAACAUGGACAAUGUUGAAUUGCUGCACAACACAGAGCAGCUUGUUCUAAGAGAGGUACAGCAGCAAUUUUAUGAAAGUGAAUUAAAUGAUAUUCGUGACUCAAAGCCUCUAAACAAACACAGUUCUAUCGUACAACUGGAUCCAUUUAUCGGCAAUGAUGGGCUCCUACGUGUAGUUGGACGCUUGAAACAUAUUAAAUUUGAUUCUUCCUUCAAGAAUCCUAUCAUCUUACCUGCAAAACAUCAUGUUACAACUCUUAUCGUCCGUAAAUACCAUGAAGAUGUGAAACAUCAGGGACGCCAUUUUACUGAAGGCCGAAUUCGUUCAGCAGGAUAUUGGGUAGUAGGUUGCAAAAGACUUGUUUCAUCCAUUCUGCACAAGUGUGUUACUUGCAGAAAACUCAGGAAAGAAUUCCAAUGUCAAAAAAUGUCAAACUUACCUGUUGAUCGCAACAACCACCUUUUUCGUCUGUCGGCGUUGAUAUGUUUGGUCCGUGGGAGGUGUUAACAAGGAAAACCAGAGGCGGUGCAGCAAACAGUAAACGAUGGGCUGCUCUCUUCACAUGUCUUGUAACACGAGCCGUCCACAUCGAAGUCGUGGAGGAGAUGUCAGCUUCAUCAUUCAUUAAUGCGUUACUCAGAUUUCAAGCAAUACGUGGUCCCGUCAGAAUAUUUCGUUCAGAUAGAGGCACACAUUUUGUAGGUACCGUGAAUGAAAUGAAUAUAAAUGUCAUAGAAGUGGAAAAUGGACCGAUUAAGAAUUUCUUACAAAAACAUGGAAUUUCAUGGAUCUUCAAUUCACCACACUCUUCACACAUGGGAGGAGUGUGGGAAAGGAUGUUUGGUGUGACUCGUCGUAUUUUGGAUGCCAUGCUGCUUGAAUAUGGAUCUCGUAGUUUGACUCAUGAAGUACUCACAAUAUUCUUAGCCGAGGCUAGUUAUAUCAUAAACUCUAGACCACUUGUCGAAACAUCAACAGAUCCUAACAAUCCAUUUAUUCUUUCACCGUUGACAUUACUCACUCAGAAAUCUAAUGUAUUGCAAUCUAACAUCAUAGAUUUUGAAACUGUUGACAAAAAGGAUCUUCUCCGUAAACAGUGGAAAAGGGUUCAAAAUCUCGCUGCAAUCUUCUGGAAGCGUUGGAAAGUUGAAUACCUCAAUACACUACAAAAUCGAAGGAAAUGGACUUCUGUAGAAAAGAAUGUUUCACUAGGUGACGUUGUACUCGUUCGUGACAAGGAACUCUCUCGAAAUUCUUGGCCUUUGGGUAUUGUUACAAAAGUCAUGCCCAGUGAUGAUGGACUAGUCCGAAAGGUAGAACUCAGAAUGAUUAUAGAUGGCAACCCAAAAACAUUCUUGCGUCCUAUCAGUGAAGUGGUUCUGCUUGUAGAACAAUAAUCAGUGUUAAAGUACAUGUGAACUUUGAACUUUGGUAUUUUUGCAUAUAUUUUGACAUUAUUAAUGAAAAAUGUUUAGUCUUCUAAAUAUGAAUCAAUGUCUUAUAAACACUUGUAAAUAUGUACGUUGCAAGUUUCUUUUUUGUUUUUAUUUUUGAUAUUGUUGAGUUUAAGGUGAAAUUUUCAAUAUCAGGCGAGGAGUAUGCUGGAACGAUUUCCGGAAUUUUGUAAAGCUUUUUCCGAUUUGAUUUUUUUAUUAUUGAAUUACGAUAACUUCCUUGAAACUAUCACGUUUUAAUUCUAUCAUCUAAAAGUAAUAAUCUGUUAAUCCAAGCACAAUCUUUUCACCGCAUUCAGUAUAUGACAAUUGUACAACAAUUAACAAUAAAGAUAUACCAUGGUUAGCUGUGUUUACUUGUGAGAC